AUGGCGGCGAAAACAAAAUGGCGCUACUUGGCGCUAUGGGUUUGUGUCUUGCAGUGCAGUCAGGUCAUGGCGUCUCAAGAGGUUAUGAAGCAACUUACUACAGGUUUUACCAAGGCCAUGGAGGAGUGUAAGAAAGAGCUCAACCUGGGCAACCACAUAAUACAAGACUUCAUAAAUUACUGGCGGGAAGAAUACGAGCUGAUAAAUCGAGAUACGGGUUGUGCCAUCAUGUGUAUGGCUUCCAAGCAUGACCUCAUAACCGAGGACAUGAAACUACAUCAUGGAAAGGCACACGAAUUCGCGAAGAGUCAUGGAGCCGACGAUGAUGUGGCAAAGCAGCUGGUUACCAUGAUUCACGAAUGUGAAAACGCACAGCAAGACAACAGCGACGACUGCAUGAAAACCCUGGAGAUAGCCAAGUGCUUCCGAAGAAAAAUACACGACCUGAAAUGGGCACCAUCUAUGGAGACUAUUUUGGAGGAAAUUAUGGCAGACAUAUAA